ACUCGUUGAACCAGCAGCAGCCCCGGGAACAACGGCUGCUGGAAGCUGGACCCCGGCCACCCUCUUUCCCCAUCACGGCAGCUCCCGUUUGCUGAUACAGAUACUCCUGGCAGCGCGCAGAACUUCCCUGACCAGGGAUCAAACCUGUGGCCCCUGCAGUGCAGUCUUCAGCUGUUCCCUGUGAGCCUGCAGACGCCACCCGAGAUGUCCCCUUUAGGUGGCUGGGGAAUGCUCGCAGCCUUUCUUGCCCUGCUCUGCUGCCGAGAGUCUGGUGUGAAGGCGUUCGAGGGGCCAGAGCAUCUGAUGGUGGGGUCUGGAGAGUCUCAGUUCAUUAAUUGUACUGCCAGUUGCACGGACCCCAAGAACAUUGUUCUGGAGACACACCUAAGCAAGACUCUCCUGGAGAGCCAGGCUCAGUGGAAGCUAUUCAAGGUCUACAACAUCUCCGAAGAUGAGAAGCUCCUGUGCAGUUUCACCUGCGGCGGCAAGCAGGAGACGAAAGUUUUCAACAUCACCUUGUUCUACCCUCCAAAGCAAGUGCUCCUGACGCUGUGGCCCACCUCAGUGGCCGUAGGGACACUGUUCACCAUCGAGUGCAGGGUCCCCGCUGUGGCGCCCCUCGAAGGCCUCACUGUCACCCUGCUCCGUGGUACUGAGAUCUUGUACAAUCAGACCUUUGUGGGGACAGCACCUUCCCCCCAAGAUGCCUUGGUCAGCCAUAACACCACAGCUCACAGGGAAGAUGGCCACCAUAACUUCUCGUGUGAGGCCCAGAUGGACCUGCGCUCUCGCGGCGGUGGCCUCGUCCACAGAGUCUCAGAUCCCCAGAGGCUUGAAGUCAAAGAGCCCGAGCCCAACACCCAGAUGGUGAUCAUCAUCGCGGUCGUGAUAGUGCUGCUGCUUGUGUUUGUGACAUUCGUCUUCCUGUGCUUUGUCUUCAGCCAGAAGUGGCACCGGGGGCGGACAGUACAGAUGAGGAGGCGCCACGCGGAGAGAGACUGACCUAGUGGCAGGCUCUUUUGGGAGGGCCCAGUUCCUAAAGAGGCACAAGUUGGAAGGAAUUAGAAUAUGACGGUUGAAGGAGAGGUGUUAAAUACCAGUUUGCAGAAU